AGCGUCCCCGCCCGCUCGCUUCCGCUCCUCGCCGGCUGCCUCCGGGUCGCGGCCGGCCUGCGGAGGGGCGCCGGUGGCGGCGGCUCCCAUCGCUCUUCUCCCGCUGCCGCUCGGCACCGCUGAGGCCUCUCCUGGGGGUUUGAGUUUAUUUUACUGUACAAGCUCCUCGCUGCCAUAAUGAGGCUAGUCAUUCUUGAAGAUUACGAUCAGGCUAGUGAAUGGGCUGCAAAAUACAUCUGCAAUCGCAUUAUCCAAUUCAAGCCCAGUCAAGGAAGAUAUUUCACGCUUGGUCUACCAACAGGGAGUACACCCUUGGGAUGCUACAAAAAGCUGAUAGAAUAUCACAAGAACGGAGAUCUCUCUUUCAAAUAUGUAAAGACGUUCAACAUGGAUGAAUAUGUAGGGCUUCCCAGAAAUCAUCCAGAGAGCUAUCAUUCGUAUAUGUGGAAUAACUUCUUUAAGCAUAUUGACAUAGACCCAAAUAAUGCUCAUAUCCUUGAUGGGAAUGCUCCAGACUUACAGGCAGAAUGUGAUGCUUUUGAAAAGAAAAUUGAAGAAGCAGGGGGGAUCGAUCUGUUUGUUGGAGGCAUUGGUCCAGAUGGCCACAUUGCAUUCAAUGAACCCGGAUCAAGUUUGUCUUCAAGAACAAGAUUAAAGACUUUAGCAAUGGACACCAUUUUGGCAAAUGCUAAGUACUUUGAUGGAGACUUAUCCAAAGUACCAACUAUGGCGCUAACAGUUGGCGUGGGUACAGUGAUGGAUGCUAGAGAAGUGAUGAUUCUUAUAACAGGUGCACAUAAAGCUUUUGCAUUGUACAAAGCGAUUGAAGAAGGUGUCAAUCACAUGUGGACAGUUUCUGCUUUCCAGCAGCACCCUCGUACUAUCUUUGUGUGUGAUGAAGAUGCUACUUUAGAACUAAGAGUUAAAACUGUGAAGUACUUUAAAGGUUUAAUGCAUGUGCACAAUAAACUUGUGGACCCACUGUACAGUAUGAAAGAAAACUGAGAGAAGAAUUGAAGAAGAACUCCAUGUGGGUCAACAGCAACAGUUUUAGGUAGCAGAUGAGUUCACUGCUAUGCAAUAUGUUGAAAACUGUUUAAAAUGGUGAAUCCAUGUACUGUAUUUUUUAAAAGGUCCAAUAUCUGUACAUUUACAUUCCAUCUCUGUUUGCUGUGUCAUGCAUUUUGCUUUAACAUUUGGAACUCUGUUGUUGGCUGUUACAAUAACUAAAUGGAACAGAACAAACCUGUGGGAGACUGCAUGUUACAUAGGGGUAGAGGGGGGUGGGUGGGGCAGAGCACUUAUUUUAGCACAGCAAUGUAAUGCAUCUGUUAGAGAAGAUAUUUUAUUUCUAAAAAUUUGUAAUUUUGGCUACAUUAGUGCAACUACACUUUGCAUUUGUGUUUCUAGGCAGAAUGGUUUUGGCCUUUGUUAAAUACUAUGGACUUGUAAUAGCCGUACAAUUUCUACUAUGAAAUGUUCUGUUUACAUGUAUCUAAUGCACACUGAGCUUUUGCACUUGGUUGCCUUAAAUUUAUCUUAACAAACAGUUUUGGGGCAUCUCAAGGCCUGCUCUACAAUUCAGGCAAAUAAAAAUACAAAAACAGUGCCUAUAAAUGCACCCAAUUUUUCAAAGUGUCAUAACUUACUCCAGUUGCAAUCAUCAAUCUUCUGUCAUAGCACUUUUUCCUCUCUUGUAUUUCAAAUUAAUUUAGGAUUUUUCAAUUUUUCAUAACUGAGCUUUAUCCAUAAGGAAAAAAUUUAAGUGUUCCUUUCUGGAGAUACAUGUUUAACUGUAUCAGCUGUUACCAUUAAAUGCCUGCAACGAGGUUAAUUUCUAGGAACAUAAUGUCUACUAGUUUAUAUUAUCAUGUAAAAAAAUCAUUGUUAACCACUCUGUAAUAAUUACCUCUCAUUGUAUCACUAUAAAUAUUGAACUGUUAUGAGAAAUGUUAUUUCCUACUUUGAAAAAGUAAAAUGUAAAUAUAAAUCUA